ACGCAGGCUACUCGGUUACUGCGGUCCGACCUAACCAGGGAAGCGACGCGACGCUACCUGUUGGCUGUUGCUCCUUCGAUCCAGGACGGCCUGGCCGGCGGCGAUGGCCCGUUCGCCUCCUGUGACGGCAGCGAUGUGCCCGGAGUGCCUGGAGCGGCGCGUCCGAUCCGACCUUGCGGGCUCCGGACUCUCCUUCGUCCACGUCAUCUCCGACUCUCCGCUCCCCUUCGCCUCCUCCGCCGUCGUCCAGAUAGCUUCUGAUGGAGCCGAGGAACGUAAUUGGAGCCAGAAGACCUAUGAUUUUGUAUUAGUGGCAUUAAAUGGUGGUAAGACGUUCGUGGAUACUAAAAAAUGUGAGAAAACUCCCUUGGAGCAACCGAUCAUAUAUACUGAUGAUAACCGAUGUGAAGUGCAAACAGAUUCCUCUUCUGGUAUCGAAUAUACCGAAGAUUUUCAAAAUUCUUAUAGCUCCAAUAAUCAGCUACUAAUCGUAAACACAGUUACCAAGUUAAUUCCUGUUUACUAUUCCGGCAGAAUCUCCAUUUCAGAAAUUAGAGAGCUUAUCGCAAGUUAUAUGAAUUUGAAAGUUGAAGAGAAUGUGAUUAGUUCACUAAAUCUGCUGUGUGAAAACAAAAUCAGUGGAUCAGCUGGUUUAGAUUUUCUCAAUUUUGUUGGAUUUUCAGCAUUCGAUGAUUUACAUCCCUCUGGAUGUGUGAGGCACCCCAACAUUUUACCUGUGUUAGGUGUUGUAGAAUCAUCUGAUUGUUGCUACAUGUUGCAUCCAAAGGCUCCAUACACUUUGGAAAACAUCAUGCACUACAGUCCAAAGGCAUUGUGCUCAGAUUGGCACAUUAGAUUUCUCAUGUACCAGAUAAUAUCUGCCUUGGCAUAUCUUCAUGAUUCUGGAGUUCAUCAUGGCAAUCUAAAACCAUCAACCAUCUUGAUGUCAGAUUCUCUAUGGCCUUACCUGAGCAUAAGUGAUAUCUAUCAUGUUAGACAGAACUGGGGUUUUGAAAGGCCUAAAGGUUCAACACCUAGUUCAUGCUGUGUUGCGGAGGAUUGUUCUUCAAGACCUAUUCAUACUAGUUUUGAUCUGCUGUCAUCCUUAGAUUGGUCGUCUCACUUUAAACGAUGGUGGGCAGGCGAGUUGAGCAAUUAUGAGUACCUUCUUGUCUUGAAUAAGUUAGCUGGCAGAAGAUGGGGUGAUCCAGCUUUUCACCCAGUGAUGCCUUGGGUAAUAGAUUUCACAGUGAGGCCUGACGAGAAUUCUGAUAUUGGUUGGAGAGACCUCACCAAAAGUAAAUGGCGGUUGGCAAAAGGUGAUGAACAAUUGGAUUUUACUUACUCAUCAUCCGAGGUUCCACAUCAUGUUUCUGAUGAGUGUCUGUCAGAGCUAGCAGUUUGCAGUUACAAAGCAAGAAGGCUCUCAAAGACCAUCUUGAGGUCAGCUGUCCGCUCUGUCUAUGAGCCCAAUGAAUACCCAUCUAGUAUGCAAAGGCUUUAUCAAUGGACUCCAGAUGAAUGCAUCCCAGACUUUUAUAGCGAUCCUCGGAUUUUUGUCUCUCUUCAUUCUGAAAUGAGUGAUUUGGCUUUGCCUUCCUGGGUGACAUCUUCAGAGGAAUUCAUUUGUCUUCACAGGGAUGCUUUAGAGAGUGAUCGAGUCUCACAACAACUGCAUCAUUGGAUUGACAUAACCUUUGGCUAUAAACUUGAUGGGGAGGCAUCUGUUGAAGCCAAGAAUGUCAUGUUGCCUCCUAGUGAUCCAUCAAGGCCAAAAUCAAUUGGGCGUCGUCAACUUUUUACGACGCCACAUCCUAAGAGACACAUUAGCACACCUCACCCAUCCUACCACAAUAAAGUGGAAUCUUGUGCAAGAUGCCAAGCAAAAGGAAGUAACUCAACUACUGAUGUAGCAUCAAAUGGCUUUAUUCCUCCAGAUAUGCUUUCACAAGUGGACUAUUUGGAAGAGUUUGAACAAGCAACAAUAUUUAUGGAGCUUGAACAUCAUUUGGACCCAAAAUACAAUUACACUGACACUUCUUCUUGUUAUUGCUCGUCAGUCAAAUAUCCCAAGAGCCACAUUUCAGACCAGGAGAUGUUGCAAUCUGAUACUGUAUUAUCAGUGGUGCCUGAUUUUGAUUUUGGUUCCUAUCUUGAAUGCUUUGAGUGUGACAAUAGUUCUCCUAUGGGUUAUCAAGAGCUGUUGCCCUGGAAGCAAAAGUCAUGUUCAGUUAUUGAGCAUCAUGCAAAUGAUAUAUUUUCUAUUGGGUGCAUGUUAGCAGAAAUCUAUCUUCGCAGACCACUCUUUGAUGCUUCUUUGCUAGCUGCAUAUAGAGAAACUGGCAUGCUCCCAGGUGCACUUAAUGAAUUGCCUGUUCAUGUUGGUGUGCUUGUUGAGUCAUGCAUCCAAAGAGAAUGGAAAAGGAGGCCAUCAUCAAAGCACCUUUUGGAUUCACCAUAUUUCCCUCCAUCAGUUCAAGCUGCAUACAUGUUUCUUGCUCCACUUCAACUUCUGUGUACAUCUGGAGAUCGCCUGAAGUAUGUUGCUAAGCUUGCAAGUGAAGGGACACUUAAAGCUAUGGGAGAAUUUUCUGCUGAAAUGUGCGCACCUUACUGCCUGCCUUUUGUUUCAUCAUCUUUGUCAGAUGUUGACACAGAGUCUGGCUUGUGUUUGCUUAAAGAGUUUUUAAAGUGCUUGAGUGUCCAAGCAACGAAGCAACUUAUUCUGCACAUCAUUCAGAAGAUCUUACAGGCACCGGAGUACUCACAUCUGAAGGUUUCUCUCCUUCAAGAUUCUUUUGUUCGGGAGUUAUGGAAAAAAUUGGGAAAACAAACUUAUAUUGAGAAUGUGCAUCCUUUGGUCAUAGCAAACUUAUGCAAUUCGCCUAACAAGAUCAUUGCCUCUGCUGCGUCCAUUGUUUUAAUUGGUUCAAGUGAGGAACUAGGAAUACCAAUAACUAUUCAUCAGACAAUUUUGCCACUAAUCCACUAUUUCGGCAAAGGUUUAUGUGCAGAUGGAAUUGAAACUCUGGUCAGGAUAGGUGGACUUCUUGGAGAAAGUUUUACUGUCAAGCAAAUUCUCCCGCUGCUUAGGAAUGUUAUACUUUCGUGUAUUGAUUCCUCCAAGGUGAUCAAGCCAGAGCCACAGCAUAGUUGGAACUCUUUUGCUCUGAUCGAUGGCUUAUCUGCUUUGGAAGGCCUUGUAUCAGUUCUUCCAGUUAAGGCAGUUCUCAAGGAGCUUCUUCAGGACCAAGUAUGUCUUCAUAUAAAGGUUCUUAUGCUGAUUCAUUUGGAUCUUCGUGUGAUUCAGGUGGCAGCUACUGCACUUGUUGACCUCUGUCUACGAAUUGGACCAGAUAAUACUGCCAUAUAUGUUUUGCCACAUCUAAAAGAGCUUUUUGCUGAAUUGGCCUUUUAUCACGAGUCUUCUGCUGUCAGCCUUCCUUCGGAAGGGUUAAAAAUCUCGAAAGGAAACAAAAGUGAGCCAAUUAAAAUGGAAUCUAGAAUUGAUCUCAUGUUUUUGCUAUAUCCUUUCUUGGCAUCAUAUGUUGGAAUAGAAAAGCUCCGGGAAUGCUGCUCUACAUGGUUUCUACUGGAGCAAUCUCUUCAAAGGUUGUAUAAUUGGAAGUUGGAGCCUUUCAGUGAAUGGUCUAAAACUGCUGAAAACAUGAAAGAUCCAAGGUCUCAGUCUGGCAACUGCAUCCCAUCUGAAGUUUUUCCAACAGAACUUCUUUUUAAUGGGGCAGGGUUGUCUGUAUCUCAAUCUGAAAUCACUAAAACUGGUUGGAAUGUGGCAGUUUCCAGGCAAGGAUCUAGGCUUGAGCAUGGAACAUCUAGUGACAAUUUGUGUUCCUCAACUUCUGGAAAUCAACCGUGGUUUUGGUUCCCUAGUCCUGACAGUAGUUGGGGGACACCAGAUUUUCUUGGACGUAGUAGUGGUCUGAAGGAUGAAUUUCAAUGGAAGAUCAAAGCUUCAGUCCUUUACUCAGCCCGUGCACACCCUGGGGCUCUGCGGUCAUUAGCAGUCCAUGAUGAUGAGUGCACAGUUUUUACUGGGGGUGUUGGACCUGGUUUUACAGGAAGUAUACAGCGGUGGCAGUUGCCAAACAUGAACUGCACGUCUGGAUAUUAUGGGCAUGAAGAGGUUGUCAACUCCAUCUGCAUCUUGUCAACCACCGGAAAAGUAGCUUCUUGUGAUGGCACGAUUCAUGUUUGGAAUGGGCAGACAGGAAAGCUCAUAGCAGCUCAUACCGAGUCAUCAACAAGCUUUCCGCUGCAAACUGCAUCUGUGGAACAGGCAAACAUGCUUAAUCAGGAUGCACUCUCAGGUGGAAUAUUGUCAAAUGCAUUUCGUGGCAGUUUGUAUACGACUAUGCAUUACAUGUCAUCUGAAGAUAAACUUGUCGCUGGUAUGGGAAAUGGAUCGAUCAGAUUUAUUGACAUUUCUCAGGACCGGAAGCUGCAUUUAUGGAAGAGUGAUUCGGCUGAAAUCUCUUUCUCAUCACUUGUAUCAGCUAUUUGCUCAUGUGGCUCGGACAAGCCGAGGACUGGAAGGCUAGUGGAUUCAUCAUCCUGGAUAGCAGCAGGUCUAAGCUCAGGGUAUUGUCGAUUACUCGAUGAGCGUAGUGGAAAGAUCAUUGCUGUUUGGCGAGCACACGAUGGCCACAUUACGAAGUUAGCAUCACCAGAGGAUCACUUGAUUGUAUCAAGCUCCCUUGACAAGACUCUUCGAAUUUGGGACCUAAGAAGGAAACUAGAAACCCAGUCCAACAUUUUCAGAAGUCACUCAGAUGGCAUCUUUGACUUUUCUGUUUGGGGCCAAGACUUGGUAUCGGUUUCGCGAAACAAAAUUUCACUUACUUCCCUUUUUAGACCAACAAGUGAGAUUGGACAUCAGCAGCUUGUAUUACAGAACUUGUAUUCAACUGACAGGGGAGUAAAAUCCAAAAACAUGUCAGUUCUUUCGACUAUUUCUGUGCUUCCUUUGUCAAGAUUGUUUGUAGUUGGAACAGAAGAUGGUUUUCUCAAAAUAUGCCACUAGGUGCUUCCAGUUGCAGUGUGCAGGUAUAAGAGAAAGGAAAAAAAAUGCAGUGUACAUACUUUCACAAAGCAGUCGUGGAAAUGCAAUCGGAUGAGGCCAGCAGCGACACCACCGUUAUUCUUGAAGGAAGCAGCCACUGCCUGCUGCACCAGGGUCUCCGCGGAUGGGCAGGUCUUGCUGUAGAACCCGACCUUCAGGCCAGCUCCGACAGCAGCAAUCGGGAAGAGGGCAAGGACGGCAACUGCCAAGGUGGCGAGCAGGGAGUUCAUGGCGAGGGAGCUCAUUUCAGUUGCUAGCCUGUGUCUCUUGUUGGUCUAGUUCUCUCAUGGGAUUAUAUAGCAUAUUGGAGUGGUUUUGCAGUAGAAAUGGGGGGCAAGUUUGUCAAAACAGGUGUAAAAGCUCAUGCUCCACAAGUGGUUGCCAUUUGCUUGCUUUUUCUUCUUUAUGACCAUUUGAACUGCUCCCUGACAUGAACCGGUCAGGCCCAUGUGUGAUCAAAGCUUCCCCGUAACCAAGGCAGGAAAUGUAUAGUUUUGAACAUGUUGAUGACAGGAUCUUUGCAGCUUCA